AUAUCUUAUAUGUGUGUAUUGAGUAUAGUGUAUGUUCGUCUAUAGGAGACUUUUUAUGAAGAGAGCAUGGAUUUGAGGUCAACCAUGUCAACACAGGAUUUAGUAUUGUUCUACACUCGCUUUCCAUAAUUGUUUAUAAUAAGAACAUAGAAUUGUAAGCACAGGUAAUAUAAAUCUUGCUAAUUUGCUAGCCCCAUAAGUGAGACUAUGAUAUAGUAAAAAAACGUGUCUAAACAAAAAGCGUCACCUUCUCUAAUCACGGAUCCUGAUUCGUAGUAGAAAUGCCAUUGCCACGGUUUUUUCAGAUAUUACACGGUUUUUUCUCAUGGCUAAAACCAACUUCUCUUGUGUAGUAGUAGUACAUAUUUUCUUAAUGGCUUAUUCUAAUAAAACUAAUAAAAAAGGUAAGCAAAGUUUGAUGGUUUUAUAUUUUAAAGAAAAUUGAUAAAUUGGAGAAUAAUUUUUUAUGGCUGAGCCACUUUUGUUUGUAUUCUUUGAUUAAAAUUGACCUCAAAUUGUGUGAAAUAAGGUUAAGUAUCUCCACAGUCCCUACCAUGUGCAUUAUUGAGAAUUUGUUUUAUCUAACAGCCUUUAUAUAUAUAUAUAUAUAUAGGUUUGCCUUUUACUCUAAGUCUAUUUAUAACAGAUGUGAAAUUCUUAUACCGAGUUAGAAGUUAGAAGGAAUCUUUUUUGCCUCUUGACUAGCUAAUAAUACAAAGAUAUAUUGUCAUGACAAUUUUAUAUGAUCCUUAGUACUUUAUUGUAGCUCACAAAAUAUUUAGAUAUUCGGUGUUUAUGAUUUAAGAAUUAUACGCAUAUGAACUGGUUUUGUUGAUGGCCUGGAGAUGGAAAACAAUACGAAAGCUGCAAUCAUGCGACUUGGUCUUAGAGAGAUGAAGGCAUUUUCGAAGUUGUUGUUUCCAUCUGUUAAGGACAGCACAUUUUUCGAGAGCUGUGGUGUGGCAGACCUUAUCACAACUUGCUUGGGUGGUCGAAACAGGAAAGUUGCUGAGGCUUAUGCAAAGAAUGGGGGAAGGAGGUCUUUCGAUGAGCUCGAAGCAGACAUGCUGCAAGGCCAGAAAUUAGAAUCAAUGAGAAUCAUGUAGUGAUAACUGAUAUAAUGUGGGUUAGGCUGUUAUCUUCGACGAAUCAACCCAGCUUUUUGGGCAACAAGUGUUACAAUGAAGAUAACAUCGAAGAAGAAGAACCAUUAAACCAGCUGCUACAUGGACAAUUUUCGGAUGACACUUUGGUUAAGAAAGAAAUUAGCAGCAUUUAGCAAUAUGCUUCCUAAAUGUUAUUGUCAUUCCUUCGUACCCCUUCACUAUGCUAUAUGCAUUUAAUUUUUAGUAGUUUAUAUGAGCUUUUUUCUUCUCUUUUUUUUGGGUACCUCCACUCCAUAAAAUGGUUGGGAAAAAAUUAGCCUCAUUGUUAUUUUUGUAAAACUUGUGGGAUUGAAUUUGAAUUUGUUAAAAUACAAUGUCA